AUGUCAGAACUACCAACCUACAGUCAAAACUGGACUUCAACUCAGCGUUUCGAUAUAGCUGCUUUAUGUGUUUACCUAGUAAAUGAUAGUUCAUGGUCAAAUAAUCACGCUGAAGAAGAUUGGAAGCGACGAUUUUUAGCUAGUAUUUUCCGUCACUUUGCCAUCAAUGAAAAAGUAGAACAACAUGUUUUAUUAAAGAUGCCGGAUGACGCGGGAAAUAUUCCAUUGGCAAUCGACUUAUUAUCUUCUUCUUUUAAACAACAAUUAAAUGAUGAAAAACAAAAAGACAUCCGGGAAGAAAUAAUUUCCGACACGCUUUUAAUUUGUCUUGGACUUUCACCAUCCAAUUUGGAAAGUGUUGAAAAGAAGCUAAAAACAAGUAAUCAUAAUUCUGGAGAAAAUCUAAAUUUAAAAGAAAAACUAGAUAGUGCAAUAUCAAGUGCGAUUAGCAAUGAUUCAUCAUCCGAUACUUCGUUGCCACCACCAAUUAUGCCAGCGGAAUAUGAUUCCAGGGCAAGAGCAAUUUUAUUUAAACUCGCCUUUUAUCUAGACAUUUCUCCACCUGCUGUCAAAUCUCUGGAGAAAGCUUUUGCGCAGAAUUUAUAUUUUUUGCAACAACAACAAUUGGAAGCCGAGAAAAAUAAUUCGCAAGAUGAUCAUGAAAUGCAAGGAUUGCGUAAUAGCGCAACCGAAAAUUUAAGUAAACAUGAAAAGCGAAAGAAAGCAUGGCGUUGGAUGGCCACUGGAGUUGGUGUGGUCGUUGGUGCUACAGCAAUUGGAUUAACCGGUGGAAUAGCCGCACCACUCGUAGCGGCUGGUAUAAGUGCAAUAACUGGAGCAAGUAUUAUCGUUACAGCUGCGUCUAGUGUUGUUUUGAUGACCUCUUUAUUUGGAAUAGCGGGAGGUUACAAAAUGCACAAGAGGACUCGGGGUCUUAAAGAAUUUGCUUUUACUAGGAUCACACAAGAUGAUUCUAUCCCUCUCAUACCUUCACUUCAUGUGAAUAUUGUUAUUUCUGGGUAUCUCACGGAAGAAAAUGAAGAAACAAAUACUCCUUGGAUUUCGGUUUAUCAAAAUAGUUUGAAUUUUGGUGAUACAUUCGAAUUAUCUUUUGAUACGGAAAUACUUCGAUCUCUCGGACGUGCUUUUCGAAGAUUUUUAGCAGAAUCCGCUGUUAAGGUGGCAGCGAAUUCGGCCCUUCAACAAACAGUAUUUGCUACCUUAGCAAGUGCUUUGCUAUUACCGGCUGCUUUAAUGAAGGCCGGAGACAUGAUUGAUAAUCCAUGGGCUUUGGGUGCAGAUCGUGCUCAAAAAGCCGGAUUAAUUUUAGCGGAUGUCUUGAUUGAAAGAGUUCAAGGAAAAAGACCAACUGUUUUGGUUGGAUAUUCGCUUGGUGCUUUGGUUAUUUGGCAAUGUUUACUUGAGUUAGCAAAGAAUCAACAAUAUGGAUUAAUUGACACAGUUGUUUUAAUUGGAGCACCUAUUACAUCUACACAAUCUUCCAAAUGGAAAGAUGCUUUAAGUGUUGUUAAUCGUAGAUUUGUUAAUGCUUAUGCAACGAAUGAUAUCGUACUUGGAUUAAUAUAUAGAAUGCAUUCAUUAGAUUUAAAUAUCGCUGGAUUACACGCUGUAAAUUUUAACAGAGUUGAGAAUUAUGAUGUUACUAAAUUUACUUCAGGACAUUUAGGAUAUCGUGAUCCCGAAACUUUAACAAAAAUUCUUAAAGAAAUUGGAUUAGAUUAA